UUUUACUGGAAGAUAACAGCCGAGGAGAUGACAGCAGCGACUUAUGGAGGAAUAAAAGCAGUUUGUUUUUAGUUCAUAUGUUGUUUUGGAGAGUCAUGACGCCCUCACAGAGAGCCCGGUAUGGAUGCAACACUAAAUGGAGAACAACAGCUCCUCCUGUCCCCUUGUUGAAGCGUGCUGGUGGUGCACCACAACCAUGGCCCAUUCACCCCCACCCUACGGGACACGUCCACAGGUCCCACUUCCCUCCUCCUCCUCCUCACAUUCCUCUCUUCCACACCCGCCAUGCAGAAGAGAGUGCAGAGAGGCCCCAUCUGGUCACCAUCAUCCGCCCCUGUGGUCAAAGUACACUACGCAAGGUAACAGUCCUGUUGAACCGUAGAGGCGUGGUGUCCUUCGAGCAACUGCUAUUGGAUAUCUCUGAGGCGUUGGGGUUUCCUCGCUGGCACAGAGCCAGAGUCACACGUCUGUACACGACCCACGCACGGGAGGUGAAAGGUGUAUGUGAUUUCUUCCGAGGAGAGGUGGCCUUCCUGGCGCUGGGAAAGUCUCGUCCAGAGCUGAGCGGUGUGCAGGAGGCUCUGGAGGAGCUGUUUCCAGAACAUUCCCAUUACCGGGCUGACGCACUACGGGCCUGGGAGAAGAGACUUCGCCCAGCGCCAGAUAAAGCAGCUAAGGCUGACAGCGGAUACAGUGAGGGGACGGACAGCAGCGAGACACGCACUAACCAAGAGACACAGCAGGACACAAAUAUCAAAAAUCAUACUAAUACACACACAAGUACACAGCCGCCUCACCAUAUAGACACCCACCGGCCUGAAAAUUACAACCCAGAUGUUCAGAAGUGUCAUAAAAAGAAUUCAUGCAGAAAACCGGCUAACCUGCCCAACCACCUGCAGAGACUGCGUGUGAGGGGCGGGGUCAGAGAGCGACAGCCUUCUGUCAUUGGUCCAUUUAAACAUGAGGAAGUUCUUAGAGAAGCAGACAUACCUUCUCCUACGCUGUGUGAAGACUGCUUGGCAAGGAGAGUUAAACAUCAGGGUCCAGAACGGCUCAAUGAGCUGUCAGGGAGGGUCCCACUUCCUCCUGUGUCGAGGAAGCAAAAAGGAAGUUCGUAUAUAGAACAGGAAGUGAGAAAGUUGUACAUUCACAUCAGCCCUCCACCUCAGCCAAUCAGCAGAGAUGAGGAGGAGAAAAGUGUUGCCCAGUUAGUUUCAAAUCCACUUCCACAUGUGGGUCAAGUACACAAGGACAUACAGCAGAGGACGACCUUUGACCUCCCCUCAGGCGGCAGUGAUGUCACCCUGGCAGAUAUCGAGCGUUGCUACGAAUUUGGGCGCGUGGUUGGAGACGGCAACUUUGCGGUCGUGCGAGAGUGCCGCCGCCGCGACAACGGACAAACCGUCGCCACGAAGAUUGUUGAACGCUCCAAGCUGAUUGGUCGAGAGCACAUGAUGCAGAACGAGCUGAGCCUUCUGGGUAGCCUCUGUCACCCUCGCAUAGUGCGGCUGUUUAAGCACCACCACACACCCACUCACUCCUACCUGGUGAUGGAGCUGGUGAGUGGGGGGGAUCUGUUUGAGGCCAUCAGUGAGAGGGGGAAGUUUCCAGAGGCGGAGGCAGGACUGAUGGUGUCAGAUGUGAGUGAAGCACUGAACUACAUGCACUGCAAAAGUAUCGUCCACCGAGACCUCAAACCAGAAAACCUACUGAUAGAGCACGUGGCUGCUGGCAUUUGCAGGCUGAAGCUGGGAGACUUUGGUCUUGCCAUGGUGGUGACUGAACCAGUCUUCACCAUAUGUGGCACACCCACGUAUGUAGCUCCAGAGAUCCUCUGUGAGACAGGUUAUGGUGUUGCAGUGGAUGUAUGGGCUCUGGGUGUUAUUCUCUAUAUCCUGCUGUGUGGAUUUCCCCCAUUUCGCAGUCGGGAUCGGGACCAGGAAGAGCUGUUCGGGCUAAUAAAACAGGGACAACUCCACUUCCUAUCCCCCUACUGGGACACCAUCUCAGAAGACGCCAGAGGCCUUGUCAGAGCUCUGCUUCAGCCAGAUCCCACAGUGAGGCUGACAGCAGAGCAGACCUUGCUGCAUCCCUGGGUGAAGGCGAUGGCUUCAAUCUGCAGGCAGAGGGCGCUCACAGACACAACUCAGAGGGACGCAGCAGAUACUGGAGCAGAACCAGACAAGUCCAGACAAGUCCAGACAUUAGCUCGGACCAAUGCAGCAAAAACAAUGACAGACAAAACACCAGGACACACCAGCAGUGAGAGAGAAGUCACACAAGAUGAGGACAAACCACCACGGCCACAAUCAAAAGAGACAAGUGCAGCUCACACCAUAUCUCCACAGAUCCAAGAACACACACCUUCAGAGGCCACACCUGGUCAACAGAAACCAGUGUGCACCACUACAGACUUCGGGGAGCCCAGCAGGCCAGAAAUAAAGGAUCCAGGUCCCCCAGACUGUGGCAGCCCAAGUGUUGAACUCAAUCAAACCGAGUUUCCAUCCCAGAUUAAAACACAAUCAAAACAAAACAGCCAACAGCAAUCACCUCCAUAUUCACCUACUCCCACCAAUACAGCGCAACGAACCACGGCGGGUCACUCAACGCAACACCACCCAUCCUCCAACCCAGCAGCGGCUUCGUCAUCUCCCUCUCUCCAUCAUCAGCAGAACUUCACCUCUCCCCUGCACGACCCUGCCACCGCCACCGCUCUAAACCAUGACGAGGCGAACGUUCACCCCACCGCCACCCACCCACCCACGCAGUCUCAACCUCACUGUCAAUCUCCUGUUUAACCGUGUGAUUAGAUCAGGGUCAUCACUUUCAUUGUUCCGGACAAUACCGCUGAUUUCCCGGCAGAUGAAUCCUUGAAUGACCUGUAGAUGAUGUGAUUUGUCUCUUGAGAUUGAAUAGGGUCUGAUUGAUGAGGCUAGAUAAAUCUCAUAAAUGUGCGUAAUCCAUGUAUCCUGCAAUCACAAAUUAAUGAUGAGAUGUUAUGUAAUAAUGACCAAGGUAUGAGGAUGGGAAGUAGUGAAGCACUGUGAGCACAUAGAGUUGAUCAAGUAGGACUCAAUUUGGAUUUAAACAUAUUGCUGUUUGUCAUUGUUUCUAAUGUUGUGGUGUAUUCAUGAAAAUACUUUUUUUGUAGUACAUUUCUGAAGUGUUUUUGUUUUGGUUGUUAUAUUUUUCUGCAAGCCAUGUUUAACUUUGAGGAUAUGAUAUGUUAUCGUGUCUGCCAAGUGGUAGCUAUUUUUGAUUUGCUUGUGUGACGACACUGACCCAUCCUCCUUUUUUAUCGCCCUUCCCCUUUAAGUCAAUUCCUAGAAGUCUGUGCUAGGAUCGUCUAUCGAGCAACAUUUGUUUACUAUACCUUCAUAAACUAAACGUCUGUAUGUCUGUACCAAGAAGUCUUCGUUUUAGUCCUGGUAAAAGUUUGCCAUAUUUACUAAACUCUUGAAUGCCA